GUAUGCAAUACGACAAGAUAAUCUUAUCUCAAAACAGAAGGAAUAUGCUUACUAACAAGGUGUCGUCACCUGGGAAUGUUUAUAAAAGCAUGAAAAAAAGGAUAAUAGCGCUUGACACUGGAAACCACCAAUUAUCGAAUAAGGAUACCGUGUACAGCCGUCCGCUCGCGAGCCUUUAUCCAUCCCUGGCGGCUUCAGCAACCUGCACCACCACUUCACGGGUAAAAGUAUCCCUAAUUGGACGGUAUCCCCUUGUGUAGGGAGAAUCAUUUUGAAUAUCAAAAGAAGAGGGGGGAACCUAUCGUCCGUCUCCAGCACUUCUCGUGUGCACUUUCCGCCCGAAAGUGGAAAAAGUGAAGAAGCGAAAGCUGCUACACGUGAACCAGUGGCCAGAAGGUUUAAUUCUUCCCCGUUUCAUCUAAUUCAUUACCGCGGGAACAUGAGCGCGAGAAAUUUGUUACGGGCAAAAGGGGUGAGAGAUUUUCCACCGACCACGGUCCCACGGUCAGGAGCCGACAAGGGCCGUCCCACCGGCGGCCGGGCUAGCAUUUAUGAAACCCUCGGUGAUGAAUUUUUCAUUCCGUUUGCUGCUUCCCGUUUGUUCCAUACGCUUGGCAUAGCAGGUGUGUGGAGAAGGCCUGGGUCGCGUGUGAGAGAAAUGGAAAACUCGUUUAAAAGCAGCUCGUACGAACACUUUCGGCAUCAUUCCCUAAGUGGUUUUUAAUAACUUCAUUCGGACUACGAGCAGUGCUGACUGGUUGCUGGAGCUGACAAAAUUUCGGACUCUAGGGGUGUGCCUGAAAAUUAGAAGAACCAAAAAAAAAGCAAGAAGUCCCAGCGACGACAAAUGGAGGUCCUCAACUGUCCGCUACUGUCGGUGAAUGUGCGCGUGUGGCGCUUCUGGUCAUUCGUGCUGGUGCACAACUGGCGACGGUACAUCAGCAUCAUCCCGGUGACGGCGCUGAACGUGUUCAUGUUUGCCGACCUGUACCGGGCCUGGGGCAACAUCGAGGAGGUCAUUAUUAAUGCUUAUUUUGCGGUGCUCUAUUUCAACGCGGUGCUGCGCACGCUGAUACUGGUGUACAAUCGGGACAAGUACGAGUCAUUCCUGGCCGGUGCGGCCAGCGUGUACGAGGAAAUACGAGCUAUCAACGAUGACGUCAUCAGUAAACUCGUCUCAACGUACACUAAAAGGGCACGCUUCCUGUCCAUCUCCAACCUGGCGCUCGGUGCGUUCAUCAGUGGGUGUUUCGUUGUGUACCCACUGUUUACCGGGCAGCGGGGCCUACCGUACGGGAUGUUCAUACCGGGCGUGAACAAUUUCGACUCACCGCAGUACGAAAUCUUCUACAUCACCCAGCUGGUGCUGACGUUCCCCGGGUGCUGUAUGUACAUUCCGUACACGAGCUUCUUCGCCUCGAGCACCCUGUUCGGGCUGGUGCAGAUCAAAACGUUGCAGCAUCAGCUGAAAACCUUCCGCAGCUCGGAAAUGCUCAACGAAAGCACGGUGGUGCUCAACCGAAAGCUUCAGAAGCUGAUCGAAGAUCACAAGCGAAUCAUUCGCUAUGUGCAAGAUCUUAACGAUCUGGUGACCUACAUCUGUCUGAUAGAGUUCCUGUCGUUCGGAUUAAUGCUGUGCGCGCUGCUGUUCUUACUUAAUAUUAUCAGUGUGAUGGCUCAGAUCGUUAUCGUUGGAGCGUACAUUUUCAUGAUCCUCACACAAAUAUUUGCCUUCUACUGGCACUCGAACGAGGUGCGGGAGGAAAGCAUGGCCAUCGCACAGGCCUCGUACAGCGGACCGUGGCUGAAUGUGGAUGACACUAUUAAAAAGAAGCUUCUCAUGAUGACGAUCCGUGCCCAGCGUCCACUAGAGAUCACAGUCGGUAACGUGUAUCCGAUGACGCUGGAAAUGUUUCAAUCACUGCUGAAUGCGUCCUAUUCGUACUUUACGCUUCUGAGAAGAGUUUACAAUUAAAAGAUGGCAAUGAUAGCAUAAGCUUAACGCGAUAAGUUUAGAAGCAUAGUACGCCCACCAACGCCCACCCACAUACUUACAACUUUACACUUUAAUAACCACAAAAAAGGCUACGGGAGCCCAGUAAAGAGCAGGCAGGAAGACUAAAAGCCACCGAAAAUCGUGAUAAAUCAUCCAGCCAGCUCAUCAUCGUCAGCAUCGCUCCACCUUUCUGUUUGGUGAUAAAUUCAUCCCGAUGGUGCAAGUUUUGAGUCCCUAAACUUUGCUCUUAAUCUCCACUUCAAGCAUGAAGUGCUUCUUUUGUGUGGGCGUUGAUUACGUGAUACGAUUAUUGUUCGGUUGUUACUUUUCAUUCUUGGCGUGUGCUGUGGACGGUUUCCGAUUAUUUGCCGGCUUUGCAUACGCACGCUGGCCGGUGGCAUUUUUUUAAUGGAAGUGUAUGAGAGUGAAGUGUCGCAGUUGAUGCUAUUAAUUACACUGUGUAGUGUGUGCACGUUGGUACAGUUUUGAUAUUCAUCACUUCAAUUUUCAAUGCUAUUUUACAAGCAAAUUGAAAUGCAGAUGCAUAUUUUUGUGAUUUUUUGAACACCUCAUCUGCUGAGAAAAUAUUCUUAUUAUCUUCAAAGAGAGAUCCAAUCCGCACCAACGAACAAAGCAAAAAAAGGAUCUCGUGAUUCAUCAAUUCAGCAUGGCACCAUCAUUCAGUUGUUUGAAAUAUUGCAUACAAAUGUUGAUGUACGCUUUAUGGAAUGGUUAGCUUUAUGGCUGUGCUUUUAUGGUACCUCCACAUGAAAUAUUUCAGCCAAGGGUGUUGCGAGGAUG